AUGUCCUACCCAGACCCUCGAGACUCGGUCUUGAACAAGCCAAAGCCGGUCAUUCAUCUGCCCAAGGAUCUUCUGGAUCGUAUCACCAAAGGUGCUGAGCCAUAUCCCAUCCUUGCAGGGAGAAAGUAUGAGUAUGGCACUGCAGGCUUCCGCAUGAAGGCAAAUGUUGGUCUGGACCAUGUCAUUUACACCGUUGGCCUUAUCGCUGCGCUUCGUUCCAAGAAGCGCAAUGCGACAAUUGGGAUCAUGAUCACCGCCAGUCACAACCCGGCGGAAGACAACGGAGUCAAGUUGGUUGAUCCUAUGCAAUCAUGGGAAUCGUAUGCGACUGUCCUGGCCAAUACUCCCAGUGAGCAGCUUGGGGUGGAAUACGAGAAAUUGCUCAACGAGACCUUGAUCAGCAACAUCAGCCAGCUCCAUGAACGACCCGCAAAGGUGGUGUUUGCCCGCGACACUCGUGCUUCUGGACCGUACCUGGUCACCGCUCUCAAAGCGGCCUUGGACGCCGUCAACGUUGAGUAUGUCGACCAUGGUCUCAUGACCACCCCGCAGUUGCAUUAUAUUGUCCGCUGCCUCAACACCAUCAAUUCUCCAUACGCCUUUGGCGAGCCAACCGAGCAAGGCUACUAUGAAAAGAUGGCCAAGGCAUUCAAGACUAUUAUGCACGGUCGUACCAUCCAGGGACCCAUCACUGUCGACUGUGCCAAUGGCGUUGGAGGACCGAAAUUGAAGGAGCUGAUCAAAUAUCUGCCCUCCGCCAAAGAAGGAGGCAUCGAUAUCAAGGUGGUCAACGAUGAUGUGGUCAAACCGGAGGCCCUCAAUUUCGAGUGUGGUGCGGACUAUGUCAAGACUAAGCAGCGUGCCCCUCCCAACUCCAACGCGCAACCAGGAGAUCGUUGCUGCUCUCUCGACGGCGAUGCCGAUCGGGUGGUCUACUACUACACCGAUGAGCAGAACACUUUCCACCUUCUGGAUGGUGAUCGCAUCGCUACUCUUGGGGCGGUUUUCCUUGCGGACAUGACUCGUGUCGCUGGAAUUGACCAGAAGCUGAAGAUCGGCAUCGUGCAAACUGCCUACGCCAAUGGAGCGGCUACCGAGUACGUCGAGAAAGUACUCAGAUUGCCCGUCACCAUCACUCCCACUGGCGUCAAACAUCUUCACCAUGCUGCAGCCCGCUACGACAUUGGUGUGUAUUUCGAGGCGAACGGACAUGGCACAGUUCUCUUCUCAGAAAACGCGAUCAAGCUCAUCAGAGAAUCCGAACCCAAGUCCCCUGGGCAAAAACAUGCUCUCGAGUCCCUCCGCGCUUGUAUUGACCUGAUCAACCAAGCCGUUGGUGACGCCAUUUCCGACAUGUUGUUCGCUGAAGUCGUGCUUGCACACAAAUCUUGGACGCUUGAGAACUGGCGCAACACCUACAUCGACCUCCCUAACCGCCUGGUCCGCGUCGUGGUCAAUGACCGAUCCAUCUUCAAAGCUGUUGACGCAGAGAGAAGACUCGAGUCUCCCAAAGGGGCCCAGGAGGAGAUUGACAAGUACUGCCAAAUGUAUAUCAAAGGUCGUGCCUUUGCCCGGGCGUCUGGAACAGAGGAUGCAGUCCGUGUGUAUGCGGAAGCCCACUCCAAGACUGAGGCGGAGAAACUUGCCAGUCAGGUCGCCGAGGUGGUGAGGAAGUAUGGUACGAUGUAA